AUAAUUGAACGUAUUAUGCUAUGUGGCAGCUGGAAAAUAAUUUAUAACAUGGCAGAGUGGUCAAAAUUUGAUUUAUCCUUUGAUUGCUUUGAUUUUCCCAAGGAUGAUUCCUGGCUAUGUGAGCCUAAUAAGCCUACAUUUGAUUGCUUUGAUUUUCCCAAGGAUGAUCCCUGGCUAUGUGAGCCUAAUAAGCCUACAUUUGAAAUUAAUAAGCCUACAUUUGAUUGCUUUGAUUUUCCCAAGGAUGAUCCCUGGCUAUGUGAGCCUAAUAAGCCUACAUUUGAAAUUAAUAAGCCUACAUUUGAUUGUAAUAAGCCUACAUUUGAAAUUACUGAUGAUAUUCCCUGGUUAGAUGACCUUAAUCUGUAUGCUAAAUCCCUUGGAAAUACAUCUAGUAAAAAAUGUGAACACACAGUUACCAGUAAAGAUUUUGAACAAUCAGCUAUCAGUGAAGAUUUGGAACAAUCAACUACCAGUGAAGAUAUUGUACAAUCAACUACUAGUAAAGAUUCUGAACAAUCAGCUAUCAGUAAAGAUUCUGAACAAUCAGCUAUCAGUGAAGAUUUUGAACAAUCAACAACUACCAGUGAAGAUUUUGAACAAUCAACAACUACCAGUAAAGAUUUUGUACAGUCAACUGCCAGUAAAGAUUUUGAACAGUCAGCUACCAGUAAAGACCAGAAACAACACCAGAACGAGAAGCCAAAAGUGAUAGUUGAGAAAAUCGAGGUUGAUAUAAGUAGUAUAGAAAUUCUGAGAAAUGGAUAUGAUAGAGGGGUAAGAGUAAAGCCUUCAAUGGAUAAGUAUUCAUUACAUAAAUCAAGUAAAAGAAAAUUUGGCACUGAUUGCCAAAGUAUUGAGAGUGAGAAAGAACAAUAUAACUUACGAAAGAAAUCAACUAUGAUCAAUGAAGAAAGACCACCAGACUGUAAAUCCAGAAAUUCAAGAACUGAAACUGGUAUGAAACUAAAGGAUUUUCCAAUGAUGGGCAUGAGAUUUGCCGUCAUUAUGAUAAGCAGUAAAUGGGUCUUUUCAGUGUUGGUGACAAUAUGCAAAAUCAUGCCAGGGCCAUAA